AUGGAGGCUCUUCCAGCAUUCCUACUUGAUAGAGGAUUAGAGGAAAAGGCAAAGGAGCUUACAUCGAAAAUUAAGCAGCAGAGACAAGAAAAGGCAGCAAAGUAUUCAGUUCCUAUUGCAAAAGUUGAGGGUAUUUCAGAGAAGGACUGGGAAGAGAAGAACCAAGCAUUGGAAGCGGUUUGUUAA